GAUGAUAACUUGGAAUAUACUGCUAGAUUUCUUGAAGACGAUUAUCAGAAAGGCCGCAUUUUAUUCUUAUCAAUGCUUAAAUUAGUUGAAACUCAAAACAUUGGUGAAAUUUGGCAAAUUAGAUUAUUCAGUAAUCCAACACCUUAUAGUGAACAAUAUAUUAUAGUUCUGGAUAAUGGGACUCAUUUAUGUUCUUGUAUGUCACUUAUUGCCAAAG